UUUAGUUAACUGUCGCACGAAUUUGUUCGAAAUAUUUAUAUUGUUAGUUAGCUACGUAAUGUAAGAUUGUAAUUCCGAAAUAUUAUCGUUAGGAAACUUGUAGUUUUUUAGUUAUUAAUUUUUAAAGUUUAUAAUUUUUUGUACGAAAAAAGCGCAUUUAUCCGUUUUGUUGUGCAAAAAAAGCGGACCAAGACGUUCCAUUUCACUUUACUGUGACUUUAGUGCAUUGAUGCGUCAAAAUGUGUCUAAAAUAUGGAUAAUUUUGGAUUUUAGUUGUCGUAAAAUGGAACGUAUAGAGAGAUUUGACAUUGACAUUGAAAUAAAAAAUAACGGCAUUCCUUUUGCGCUUGCGUACCUGGAAUGUGCUCUUUUGUUUUUUGUGAUCUCCUAACGACCCCCGCGCUCUACCUGCACUUGUACCUGCUUCCCACGACGACCCGGCUUACGUUUUUUUGGAUUUUGGACCUUGCCCUAACGACGACCCACGCGCUGUACCUGGACUUGCCUUUGUUUGAAAUGGAACUACCUGCCGACGAUGUCGCCGGCCCCUCGGGCUUGGCGGGCCCCUCGGGCGCCGCGGACCUCAUUCCCCGUGCAGACAACGACCAGGACGGAGAGCUCUUGCCGGACCCCAACGACGGCAAUCGAGAGCUGUACGGAGACUACGUACCUCGUCGUUUGUACGUGGAUGAAAUUCUACAAAGAAUGAAUCACGCUCGUCUAGUGAGGGAGUGCGGCACGAAGGAGCAGUGCAUUGAAUUUGCAGAAGCAAAUCAAAUGAUACCAAUGCAAAAAUUAUGCCCCCGACACCGCUCACCAAUGCGGAUUGAAUUAACUGAAAAUAAUGUGGGCUAUUUUCGGUGCCACAAGGCUCCCUGCCGUAAUGCCCGUGGCAAAAUUACACGGGCAAGAAACACGUGGUUCGAGAGAGCAAAAAUUACUCUGCCGCAGGUGUUUCACUUAAUGUAUUGUUUCACCCGCCGGUGGAGUUAUGAGACGGCAAUCGAGGAAGACCCUGACAUGAGGGGGGGGCUACAAUGUUUGUCGAUGGCUACAGUUUCCGACUGGUAUAAUUACUGUCGCGAGACUGUAGCAAUAUACCAGCUGGAGAAACAAGAGACAAUUGGCAAGAUAGGUGGCCCUGGAAAAAUUGUCCAGAUUGAUGAGUCGAAGUUUGGAGUUAGAAAAUUUAACAAAGGUCGACGAGUGGAAGGCCACUGGGUGUUGGGCCUCAUCGAGGAUGGGAGUGAGGACCUGAGACUAGAAGUUUGCCCAGAUAAUAUAAGGUCAGCGGAAGUACUAGUGCCCCUCAUCAAAAAACAUGUUCUAGAGGGGACUACUAUACACACGGACUUCUGGCGGGCCUACGAUUGCUUGGCAGAACAUGGCUAUAUUCACAAAAAAGUGAACCACUCGGAUCCUGAUAAUCCCUUUGUGGCUCCAGAUGGGACUCAUACCCAACGAAUUGAGGCCCAAUGGCGGGUGGUUAAACGUUGGUUUAAAAAAGACAAUUAUAACCACCCGUCCAACUUUGCAGAUGUUGUAAUUGAAUAUCAGUGGCGGAGAUGGGUCCAAAAAAAUAAAUUGGACCCAUUUUAUGAACUAAUAAAAGCAAUAAAUCAUGUGUAUAAAUUUUAAUAAAUAUAUUUUUUUAAUCUAUUAAUGUGUUUCAUUUCACGGAUAUACUUUCCAAGCACUCACUACCUAAAGUUUUAUCCAUCCACCAAUUCCAUACAUUUUGAGGUUAGAAUAGGAAAAUUGAUU